AUGGCGACGCCACAUGCAAACGACUACCCUGACCGGGGUGUCCUCUGUCGUCUCGUUUUGAACGAAGGGGACGAGAUAGCGAUACGAUACACGCGCUGGAUGAGAUGGGCGAUGACGGAUGGGCCCACUCAAGGAUCUCAGUCCCAGCUUCGAACCUCUGCCGGUACACGAGAAGCACAGGCCGAAAUAGGCUUUGAGAUAGGUCGAGAGCUGGCUGGCUGCACCGACGUGAUGCUCAAGAUAGCCGAGUACCUUCUCCGCGAGUUCUUGGCCCCAGAUGCGGAAGGGUCCUUGCUGCUCGGUGAGAUAGCAGAGUCUCCCUUCACUGCUUUGGAGCCCGUAUGGGGAUGCUUCAACGAGUUUCAAGGCGUCAGCGGCCCUGAAGCUAUGCCAUCCUUUGCCUGCAAUGGACAGAAUGUCGUGACCUACUCUGCGAGGGUGUCAGGUCUGGCGGGCGUUUUACUCAGCAUCCAUGCCCACGAAACCUGGCAAGACACAAGCAUGUACGAUACCGAGCCUGGCGAUGACGAUGCUUGGUCGUGUAUGCCGAUGGAUGAUGGCGAAGUGAUGACUGAAAUGUGGGAGGGCAUGGAGACAGAUGGGUACACCUGGUCCAUACGGAUUGAGACAACCAAGACCCGAACCUUCUGUAUAGAAGAUGUCUCGCCAUGGCCUACCAAUUUCUACGACCGCGCUACCUGGAAACUGGCUGCGAAACUGUGUUUUUCACAUCUGCAAUGCUCCAAGACGUGGUUGGGCGAAGUCUGGCUCGAUGGGCUCCAACAGUCCGCCAUGGCAGCCGAGCGGGACAUGAUGUUGCUCGGUUUCAAGCACGAUGAUGUCCAGACGGAGGAUUUCUGCCCUUGUGUGGCCAAGAUGGCAUUUGAGCCCUUGGGCAUGGUCCUUGAGGAUGUUCUCGUAGUAUCAUUGAUGGGGCGGUUGGAAUAG